AUGACCUCAUUGAAGGUCCUCAUAUGCGGUGGAGGCUGCGCUGGGCCGGCCCUGGCCUACUGGCUAGCUAAUAGCGGCCAUCAAGUCACCAUCGUCGAACGUUUCCCGGCGCUUAGGGCUUCGGGUGCGCAGAUCGAUCUUCGGGCCCAAGCAAUCGAGGCUGUCAGGCGCAUGGGGCUGCUUGAAGCCGUCCGCAGCAAGACUGUCGACGAGAUAGGCGUAUCGUUCGUUGACUCCCAGAACAACGUGAAGGGGACCAUUCUUGCCAACAAGUCUGGCAAGGGUGCGCAAUCCCUAACGUCCGAGUACGAAAUUAUGCGUGGGGACCUUGUCCGUAUAUUCUAUGAUGCAACAAAGGAUAACGUGAACUAUAUCUUCGGCAAAUCUGUCGAUCGCUUUGAACAGGACGAAAAGGAGGUGGUCGUCCAUUUCUCUGACGGAUCUACCGACAAGUUCGAUCUCCUAGUCGGGGCAGAUGGCCAGGGAUCACGUAUCCGGAAAGCUAUUCUGCCACCCGGCUCUCCGGAUCUCUACUGGCGGAUAGGGGUGCUUAUUGCUUACUGGUUUGUCCCCCGAAUAGAGACAGACAACAAUAUCGGUAGCGCAUAUCACAGCCCCGGUGGACGAGCUAUAUUUCGCAGAAGCCAUAACCCUACCGAGUCUCAAGUGUACCUUAUGCUCCACAAUCAUUCGGAAGAUUUGUGGAGUAUUCCUAAAGCCCCAAUCGAGCAACAAAAAGAGUUUUGGACCCAACGAUUCCGCGAUGCAGGGUGGCAGGCCAGACGAUUUCUAGAAGGCUUGAAGACCGCGGAUACUUUUUACUGCGAGGAAGCCCUUCAGGUCCGCACAGAUACAUGGCAUAAAGGUCGUGUUGUUCUGGUGGGAGAUGCCGGAUACUGUCCGUCCCCAUUCUCUGGGUUAGGGACAACUGUAGGUCUUGUUGGCGCCUACGUCUUGGCUGGUGAGAUCAACCGAAACGUCAACGAUCUACCUCAGGCCUUUGCAACCUACGACAAGACAUUACGACCAUUCGUUGAGAAAGCUCAGGAGGUAAAUCGAACUUUUGUGCAGUGGUACCUUCCUCAGACGCGAUGGGGAGUUGCUCUUUUCCAUCUUGUUAUAGGAAUACUGUGCUUCCUCCGCAUCCCGGAUCUUGUUUCGAGGUUUUCAAAAGAGGACGCGCACGGCUGGAAGUUACCAGAUUAUCCAGAGUUAUCGACAGGACGUGAUCAGAAACCAAUGGAAAGUGCGAAAGUAUAG